AUGGGAGCGCCGAUGAAGAAAUCUCUCCAAGAGGCCACAACACCGUAUGCGUACUCUCCUUUACCGCUUGACGACAAUAGAUCUGACUUGCAGACGGAAACAGACACCCUGAAUGAAGAAAUCCAGGGAAAUGACAAGGCGUCCAUCGAUAGCGCCGGCGCUUAUCCAGUGAAAUGCCCACAGUGCCCACCUACAGCCGCCGCCUUCACUCCCACGAAUGUGCCCGGCACUCCAUUCUUCGCGCUCGCCAAUGCGAAAAUCACCAUCCACGCCCCCGACGGCAUCAAGUCCCACUACAUCGAUGACAAGACGGUCGUUUGUGAUAUCGGGCCGCGUGGUUCGGUCACCGUAUGUGCUGGAGGACCUAGUCCUGUCAACCCCGCGACCCUCUUCAAUGCAGCGUACUCUCCCGAGGGCCUCCGUAUUGGACCAGCAUCGUGGGCGCAAAACGGUGGACAUGGCUCCUUCAGUGAGCCGGGUGGUGAUAGACGGGGAUGGGGAGCGAAGGUGUCGGCGCUGGUGGGUACUGUUCAGUGUUGGUUCAAAUCUUUCCUUCGACCGUCGUCUCACACCGGCAUCGCUGCGCCUACCGAGAUGUCGGAGACGAAGAUAGUCUAG